UGGCGACAUGACCGGUGAAGAUGGGCGACUGGUGGGGCGGAAGAACGAAGGGGCCUUGAGUGCACCGUACAUGGUGUCGGUUUAUAAGCAGAGAGGAUGCUUAAAUACGGUAUAAGAGGUAGUUAUGGUGGAUGUGAUGUUCUUGUCUACUGGCGCGGUAGGGUAUUGAGACGUGCAGUGCAGUCGGAGCAGGCGACCUGGAUCCGAGGCUAGGAGAGUGCAAUUAUCCCAUAUGGAAGAGCGACGGUUGUCAGGUAGGGCUGUAGGGCAAGAGAGUGCUAAGGUGGCCUGUCUGUGUCAACGAGAAGGAAGCCCAGUGGUCCAGAGAGUAUGUUGCGGAUGUGGGAUGUGUUGCUGCGCCAGGCAGCGAGGAGAGUCUCAUGAAUCGAAAUGCGGGUGCACCGAGGAGAGGGUUGCCGAGGCAGCAGGAGGAGCGAAGGAGAGCCCUUGCGGAGGAAAACUGUCGCCGCGGUAUAUACUGCCCUCAACUUCCCACGCCUCUCGGGCCUUGCGCUGGAUCCGCCUCUCCUUCCUUCCAUCGAUCCACAACCCACCGUCGUCCGCCCGGAUCACUCUUCUCUGCAUUCUCGCCCGCGAAUACAUUGUCGGCGGCGCCCAGUACCCACAUCGGACAUAUCUGUGGCCUCGCCAAAGGCCUCACCUAGCCCCAAUUGCCACUCGCUCCUCGUGCGUCCAGGUGGCCAGGGGUGCAAUGUACCCAUCGAUGACCGCGGUAGUCAUGACGCUUAUGGGGACCUUCGCCAGCCUCGCCUGUCACGCAGGCGCAUCCUCGGCGUACACGGGGUCGGAGCUCGUUGUUCCGGGCGCGCAUAUCAUCAGACCCACUUCCACGAAUGCAAGGUGUCCACGCCCACUUCCCAAUCCUGGACUGGGCUCAUCCCGAUAGUGGCUGUUCUUUCGAUUGGACGGCAGAACGAACGAACGACCGUGCUGUGACACACCCCCGUACACAUCAGUGGCGACCGGCUUCGCCUGCAGA